AUGUCUCGUAACUCUGCCGACAACGUCACCGCCUCUGCUCCCGCCGAGCAAAGCCUGCAAAACCACCCUACGAACGAGCCAAUCGAUAACGGCCGUAACGACGGAGGACGGGCCCCCUCUCCAACGUACGCGCAGGUCGCGGCGCGCCCCCCGUCUCCGCACAUGAGGGGCGGAACUGCCAGCGAAAACACGGACAAUGCGCCUGCCCCGCCUCCUCCGACGCCGCUCACUGUCAGGAGCCCUGUUGAAGCACCGUUUACACAGAGGACCACAGCCCCGAGUGAAGACGACGACCUGGGGUGGACGACGGUCACUGCACCGGCCAAGUCCAAGAAGUCGAAGUCCAAGAAGGGCAAAGGCAAAGCGAAGGUAGUCGCCCCGACCCCCCCACCACAGGUCGACCCAGCCUCGGGACUCGUCACGCCCAACGCGUCGCCGAAAGGUGGCGAGCCCAGGAAACGCAGACGUACGGACUAUGGCGAUGAGGGCCUAACGGCCGACAAGCAGCAGGGAGCCCCCGCGAACCUCUCGCUCUCAUCGAAGUCGCCCUUGAUCUUCGGACACAGCUCCCCGUCCCCGCUGCCCUCUGCCAAGGCCACCAAAUCUACGAAUGGCCGCGAGUCUGCUAACGAAGGGAGCGACAUGGACGUCGACCCUGUGAACGAAGCGCAUCUCGACAACUUCGGGCGAUCAUCCUUCUCCCUUCGGAACACCUCUGUUGACUGGGAAUCGCCCCAGAACAGCUACCACGGCCACCUCGAGUACAACGAGCCCGGACCGAGCACGCGCCCCUCAAAGGGACAUAAGCGCAGUGCUGCAAGGCACGACUUUGACUCCAUAAUUGGCAGCCCAUCUAUCUCGCAGAGACCCCCCGCUGAGGCUGCAUCACCUCGAACACCAAUGCAGCAGCGCGGCAACCGCACGAGGACCUCGACGCCUGCCGCCCCGCCUCGCGCCCUGGGCAAAUUCCUCAGGAAAAGCGAUGCCACGAGGUCCCCGACCCCAUCCUCGUCUCGUCACGCACAGCGAGUCUCGAGCGAUGAAGACAUGCUACCGGCUAGUGAUGUCUCUGAGCAGUCAAACUCUACCGAGCUAGAGGCACCCAUCCGUAAGCCUCCGGUACACCGUGGCCGCGGCCGCUACUCCGUGACUGCCAUCGGCAACCCGCCCGUCCAACGCACCCCGUCCCCGGAGCUCACCCCCUACGACCUCAUCCUAGCCGACCCGGACAUCACCGUGCCUCCGGAAGGCCUGCUGAAGAAGACCCAGGGCGACAGGGUCGACUGGAAGAAGAAGGGGCUAUCCACCAACCAGGUUAAGGCUUGGAACGACCUCGGUAAAGAUACCCCCUUCAUUGUCGUACAGUUCGGGGAGCAUGGCGCCGAGCAAGCGGGCAUGAACGAGCGCGCCGUCUUCCUCUACGCCCUCCUGACGCGCCUCUCCGAGCGUACUGACAUCCGCGUUAACCCCGGGCAUGGCCCCCUGGAGGAGAGGGAAUACGACGAUAACAAGGAUGCCCCGCCGAACGUCGAACCGUUCUGGAUCGGCAUCGAGAACCUCCCUGAGGACUGGUGCCUCGCGCUAGCUCGCGCAGCAUGGCUCCGUGCCGGUAACUAUAUCCUCAACUUCGUCCUCUGGCGCAACGACCUCCCCACCCUCUGUGCAGCCUUCCGAUCCGUCUUUCGCUUCCGAGCGCUCUCAAGGGAGGAGUACGUUGCCAUCGUUCGGCGAGAGCUCCUCAGCUCAGAGCUGCGAGAGAUCACGCUUGAUAUUCUCGCACGCGAUAUCGGCAAAGGUGGGAAAUGGCGACGUGCGAUGCAGGACGACGCGUUCGGCACGAUCCUCGACUCAGUCGAUGUUGAGGUACAUAACUGCCGCAUUACGCAGCACACGUCUGAAGACGUUGCCUUUAUCCACAUCACCUCACCCACAGCCGACUGGCAAGACUGGCUCAUCUUUAGGAACACGAUACAAGCCCACGGCUUUGGAUCGCUGGCCGCAGGACACCCCAUCCCGUUCAAGAAUCGAACCUUCUGCGGCUUCUGCCACUUGCUUGGCCACCCGAUAGGACGAUGCCCCGUCAGAGGAUUCUUCUUCCCGCAGAAGACGCAGCCACAGAAGCAAUCGGCGGUCCAACCGUCAUCCUCUGGGCGCGGCGGGCACCAGGGGGGAAGAGGCCGAGGCAAUGGCCGAGGCAAUGGUCGAGGCCGCGGAGGUAGAGGAGCCAACCCAAUGUCUCCUGCUGUACCCAAAUGA